AUGGAGCAGACGCGGCCCUGCCUCCCCGCCUACUACCAGGAGAGGGGCUUCCGAAGGCCCGGCCGGCAGUACCCCGCCUCCGAGAGAACUCUCGCUCAUCCGAGCUCGCGCCACCGCGAAGACCCGCUGACUGCUUAUCCUGGCCACGUCAUUUCUGCCAUCCGUACAUCUGUGCCGCUUCACCGAAACGAGGAGCAGCCCUGGGCUGGCCUGCGGGCGCCUCUUUCUUUGGGAGGCCACAACAACAGCCAUCUGAGCAGAGGAGCACUAAGAGGCAGCAGGCAUUCUCAGUCCCAGAGGCAUAACACCAGGCCAGAAAAGAGAAGCAGAAGCAGAAAUCCUAUUGGCCCAGGAAAGUAUGGAUAUGGAAAAGUGCCAUAUAUUUUACCUUUGCAAACUGAUACUGGUCAGCAGCCUCAGAAACUUCGGAGGCAGCGACAAUCAUCAAGGAACCAUGUAUUUCAUCAGAGUUCGAGUCUUGGGAACACUUACAGCCAGGCAGCUAAUCCUUCACUGCAACAUGGGAAUCUUUAUCAAGAAGAAAGCGGACCUCAGGCUGGACAUCAGGCCAUAGGGCCCUCAGUUUAUCAGUCAACUUCAUUUCCUGCAUCUCAAAGUUUGUUUCAUAGCAGCGACUCAAACCAUCAUGGUCCUGCAUCCCACCAGGUGGUUCAGCCUCAGCGGGCCGCAGCUAUUGUGUGCAUUGGCACCUACAAGCAGUAUAAACUGUGCAACACAAAUAUGUGUCCUGAAAGCAGCAGAAAUAUCAGAGAGGUGCAGUGUGCAUCAUACAAUAACAAACCAUUUAUGGGUCGAUUUUAUGAGUGGGAACCAUUUGCUGAAGUGAAGGGAAGUCAGAAGUGUGAGUUGAACUGCCGUGCAAUAGGCUACCGAUUCUACGUGAGACAGGCUGAAAAGGUGAUAGAUGGAACUCCGUGCGACCAGAACGGCACGUCCAUCUGCGUGGCGGGGCAGUGCAAGGAUAUCCAGCUGUAUGGCCAGUACUGCAAGCGAGCUCUACAGACUUACACUAGCCCUUUUCCCCUGGCUGGAGAAGGCCCUUGUAGAAGUAGCCGUGCAGCUGCGCUCACAAGUUCCCUUGGAAUUCGUGAGCAAGGCGCCCUGCGGCGGAGCAGGGGGCAGAGCCGGAGAGGAGCUGCUCGCUGCCGUGUGCUCAGGCCUGGAGAAGGGGCAGCUUUGGGAAAGCGCCUCAGCAAAACGAGGGGCAGUGCUGAAUCCCUCUAA